CGGACUGUGGGCGGAUCCAGCCCAGUGUCAGGUGCUGUGAGGCACAGUACUGUUGCUGUUGUUUAUGAAUUAAUUCUCAUUGUUUAUUAUCUAUAAUAAUUGGGUGGGUGGUGGGUGUCCCCCCACCCCUAAUCAAUUUGGGCGGAUUUUAGCAUUUAUUGGGCUGGAAAACUUCAAACCAAUCUGGCAACACCGAUCCCAACAGUUUCCACUUCCGUUCUGUGCUGUCCCGUUCCAGGGAAUGUUACCUGCUAAACCAGCUUUCCUGUGCUCGGUGUGAUUUUCACGAGACGGUAACAGCACGUUUUGUUUUGCAAUAGUCACCGUUAGUCACGGAAGGACUCUUGUUUGAUUUCGCAAACAUGUUUGUUGCAAGCUGAAAACGCCUUUAGCCGUGUAGAACAUUUGACUUCCUCACUCGGGACAGUUUCAUUGGAUCAGUCAUUUGGUAAUGAUACGCCACAUUUAGCGGAAGAGUAAAACAAGUGUAACACAAUUCCAGGGAAGAUUUUGUGUUGUUUUGCUGUGACUACAGUAUCUCAAAUGUAAGCGACUGAACUGUGCGCGUGCGUGCGUGCGCGUGUGCGUGUGUUUAGCGGAAUCCUCUCAAGACGCACUGAAAGCACGUAUCCAUACAGGCCUUGCUGCUCUCAUUCCUCAGGCGUUUCCUGCAAGGACUCUGAACUAUCCAUGGCACGUGUUCUCUCCUUGCUCUGUCCUCAGUCUUUUCUGGGCCUUGUGGGGCUGAGAAAAACUGUAUUCUGCAGAAUGUCACUGGAUUCACGGGGGCGUGGGGUGUUUGCUGCUGCAGUUGGAGCUGUGCAACCAGACGCCGUGGUCCGGCGAAGUAUAGAGCGUAAAGAAAACUCCAUCCUUAUCGAUGGCCACUCUUUCAAGCUCAGAAACAACCUGUACUUGGUGGGCUUUGGAAAAGCUGUGCUUGGCAUGGCUGCUGAGGCAGAGAGAAUAAUGGGGGACCACCUGGUGAAAGGAGUGAUCAGUGUGCCGCAAGGAAUACAGGACACAUUGCGGCAGCAUGGGAAAGAACAGUUGCUGUUGAAAGAUAACAGUCGUAUCAGAGUAAUGGAGGGAGCUAAACAUAAUUUGCCGGAUGCUGAUUCCCAGAAGGCAGCCGAGUGUAUCAGGCAACUAGCCAACGAAUUGACGGAAGAAGAUUUGCUACUUGUACUGAUUUCGGGCGGGGGCUCUGCACUCUUACCUGCACCCAUUCCACCCAUCACCCUGCAAGAGAAACAGGACGUUUCACGUAGACUGGCAGCUGCCGGUGCCACCAUACAGGAGCUCAACACUGUGCGCCGUGCCCUUUCCACGUUAAAGGGUGGGGGGCUUGCACAUUGUGCUCACCCUGCCCAGGUGGUAUCGCUGAUUCUGUCUGAUGUGAUUGGCGAUCCUCUGGACGUAAUAGCCAGUGGCCCCACAGUAAAGAGUGAGAUCUGGCACGAGGAGGUUUUUUCCAUCCUUGACCGUUACAAGCUGUCGACCUCUCUACCGUCCUCCGUCAAGGAAGUCCUUGGACGAACAACUCCCCGGUGGGAGGAGAGUAAGGAGGAAUCAGAUAGGGUGGAAAAUGUUCUCAAUGUUGUCAUUGGCUCUAACAGAAUUGCCCUCAAGUGUGCAGGACGACGUGCACGGGAGUUAGGCUUCCGCCCCGUGGUGCUGUCACCGGGUGUGUGUGGUGAUGUGAAGUCGGUCUCCCAUCUGUAUGGCCUACUAGCUCGCUUUGCCUGCUCUCUAGAGGAACCCUCACCUGAACUUGCCACUGAGAUACUGAAACUCGGACCAGAGGUUGGCGUACAGAGCUGGGACUUGUGCCGUACAUUGCAGGCCUUAGCUGAAGGCCGCACAGAGGGUUGGGGUGCUACAUGCCUGUUAGCAGGGGGGGAGCCCACUGUGGAGCUAACAGGAAAGGGACGUGGUGGGCGAAAUCAAGAGCUGGCUCUUCGAGUGGGGCUGGAACUGAGAGGCGUGGGACUUCCUCCCAACGGCCCCGUGUUCCUUAGUGGUGGCACCGAUGGUCAGGAUGGGCCCACAGAGGCAGCAGGGGCAGUCACUGAUAGGGGGUUAUGGGACGAGGCACAAGCACAAGGGCUGGACAUUGAUGGUUCUCUGACUAACAAUGAUUCGUUCACAUUCUUCUCACGCCUCUCUGGUGGGCAGCAUCUGCUUUUACCCGGCCUUACAGGCACCAAUGUCAUGGACGUACACAUGCUAAUUAUUCCAUCGAUUCCCAUUACGAUAAGAUAGGC